AUGACCCCCGGGGACACCAGGGCAGGGCUGGGCCAGGCAGGAGGAUACAGGAGGGUGGUGCGGGGGGAGAUGGUGCAGCACAGAGGGGGCGCGGGGGGAGGUGUCACGUCGCACCCCGAGAUGAAAGCGGGUUGUGCUCACACCAAGCAUUCCCGGAGGCUCUGCCCCUCCGUGCCCCAGCCCGUGCCGCAGUGUCAGCGUGGCACCAGCCCUGGUGACACCGGGGCCAUCGCCCGCGCCCCGGCCAGCCGCUGCAGCGUGGCGGCACAGCCAGCAUCAGCCGGCGGUGGCCGAGCUGGCGCGGUGGCCGGAGGUUUCCUGCCAGACAACAAACAGGCUCCCGCGCUGGGCAGAAACGCAGCGUCAGCGCCGGGGGGGCCACCACCAUCCCGGGGACCCCCGCCCACCCCGCGCCGCAGCCCCCCGGCUCGGCCACCUCGGCAGGCGGUGGCCGCGGCGCCGCUCCCGGCACACAAAGCGGCGCGGCCGUUCGGGGGGCUCGCAGCCCCCCCAGCCCCGCCGGCUGCCGCGGGGACAGCUGUGACCCCGGCAGGACAAAGGGACCCCGGCCCGGCGGGGGCUGCCGGGGGCACCUGUUGGGGCCGGGGCGGCUGCCGGGCCCGGCCUUUGUGCCGGGGCUGCCGCAUUGUGCGGCGUGGCGGGGCCGGGGGGCCCUCACCGCCCCCCGCUUUUGUCUGCGCCGCCGAGACCCCGGCACCCGCCCUGCCCGCGCCCACCCUGCCCGUGGGUGCCCCGACGGGACCCCGCUUUGUCAGGGCUGGGCUCGGCGACCGUCCCUCCGGUGACACCGACCCGCGACUACCGGCCGGAGGCGGUGGUGGGGUGGGCAUCGCCCCCCGCCCGGGAAAUGUCCCGCGGGGGGUUCGCCACGGCCCCCCAGCCCUGCCCCUGCCCAGGACGGUGCCGGGGUCCCACCGACCGCCCCCCCGGCCAGGACGAGCUGCGGUGCCGCCGAGCCACCGCCCCGGGAGGGAGCGGGAGAGCCGCGGAGGCCGCGAUGGGCGGGCGGAGGGCCAGGGAUGCUCCACCAGAGGCAGAGCGCGGGAUGCUGCCGGCGGGAGGCCGGUCCUCGUCUCCGCGGGCACCUUGGCACGGCCCGGCCGGGCACGGGAGCGGCGCGGCCACGCCCGAACGAGCGAGGGGCGCUGCGGCGGGUCUCGGUGCGGGCUCCGGGCACCGCAGAGGGUCCCAGCCCCGCUCCCCGGUCCCCGUUCCUCCCCGGCGCUGCCCCCCGGGUCACUGCGGCAGGAGGCCGGGGCAGCGGGCACCGAGUCGGAGGUGCUGCCAGCCGGGGGAACCUGGCAGGGGGUCCCCGGCGGAGAGCGGGGCCGUCCCGCGGUGCGGGGCGCCGGGCUGGGCGCAGCCCCGGUGCGGGCCGGGCCCGGGCGAGGCGCGGGGCGGUGCCGCUGCGGCGGGUCCCGGGGGGCGCGGGGGGUCCCAGUGCGAGGUCCGGGGGGCGCGGGGGGUCUCGGCCCCGCCGGCCCGCGGCGGCCCCGCAGACAAAGCCCGGGGCCGCCCAGCACAAAGGAUGCUCCGAGCCGGGGCGGGGCCGCCCGGGAGCCCCGGCGGAACAAUGGGCCGGGCCCGGCGGGACCCCCGCCACCCCCCGCCCGCCGCGCCCCCGCCGCCCCGGGGUCCCCGCUCCGCCGCGCCCCGCGCACCUGCUGCUCCGCUCCCGGUCGCGACACGGCGCCGACGAGGGAGCCUUGCCCGCUCGGGGCGGAGCAGCCGUCCCCGGCGCCACACCCCACCGAGGCGAGCCCCUCGCGCUGUCGCGACACCAUCGCCCUGUCGCGACAGGUGACUCGCCAUCGGCGGGCGGCGGCCACACACAACCUUUCAGCCCCGCGAUACCCCGGCCAGGCGCCCCGGGCGGGGGUGCCGCGAUACUCCCCUCCGUCCUCGCCUGCAGCAACACACGCGCAUGUCGAGAUACACGCACCUGUCGCGAUCGUCCCGCCCGCCGCGGUAACGAGUCAGGUCCCGCCGGUGCGGGAAGACCCGCACCCAUCCCGGCCCGACCCCCGGCCCCGCCCGGCCCCGCCCGGCCCCGCCCGGCCCCGCGGUACCUCCCGCCGCCGGUGCCGCUCCCGGUGCCGCUCCGGCCGCGAUCGCCUCUCACCCCAACCUGCGCCGCGGGGGCGGGGCCUCGCCCCCUUCGGCCAAUCGCGGCUCGCUCUGGCCGGCGGGGGCGGGGCCGGGCCCCCAGCAGGGUGGGCUGCGCGCGGCAUGACUGACAGGCGGAGGGGGCGUGGCCAGGGCCCGCGGCCCCGCCCCUCGAUCCCUGCACGCGCCGUUGCCGUGGUGACGGAGCGCGCGGGGCGACCCCGGUGA